GCGCGGUCGCCAGCCACGUGCAGCCAUGUGCGAGUCCCUGCGGCCGCCGUCCGCCAGCCACGCGCGCUCGCUGUCCGCGUCCGGCGACCGCGACCGCGACCGGGAGCGCGACCGCGACUGGGACGGCGGGCAGGAGCGCGAGCGCGCCGUGUCGCCGCUGCUAGAGGUGCGCCGGCCGCACUGCACGCUCAACUGCCCCGCCUGCUCCGCCGCGCUGCACGGCCGCUUCCGCAGCCGGACUGCGGAGGCGUCCAAGAGCCCCACGCCGCAGCAGUCGCGGACGCCCCCUGACGAGGACGAAGCUGUGCUGCAGCUGCUGCGCCGCUGCUGGGCCGACGAGCCGGCGGACCGGCCGGACUUCCACGCGCUCAAGGCGGCCAUCCGCAGCCUCAACAGGGACAGUGAUGGCGGGAAAAUCCUGGAGAAACUGCUGUCACGCAUGGAACAGUACGCCAACAACCUGGAGACGCUGGUCGAGGAGAGGACGUCUGACUACCUGGAAGAGAAGCGCAAGUGUGAAGAACUGCUGUACCAGUUGCUACCCAAGUCUGUUGCCAGUCAGCUGAUCCUGGGCCAAGCAGUUAUCGCCGAAACGUACGACAGCGUCACCAUCUACUUCAGCGACAUAGUCGGAUUCACGGCACUGUCUGCAGAAAGUACGCCGCUACAGGUUGUCGAUUUACUCAACGACUUGUACAGUUGCUUCGACUCCAUCAUAGAGCACUUCGACGUGUAUAAGGUCGAGACAAUCGGGGACGCCUACAUGGUGGUAUCUGGGCUGCCAGUCCGAAAUGGUUCGCGGCACGCUCGCGAGGUGGCGCGCAUGUCGCUGGCGCUGCGUCAGGCGGUGGCGGGCUUCCGCAUCCGGCACAGGCCAGGAGAGCAGCUCAAGCUGCGCAUCGGCAUGCACACCGGUCCAUGUGUUGCUGGUGUUGUGGGUCACAAGAUGCCUCGCUACUGCCUCUUUGGUGACACUGUCAACACUGCUUCACGUAUGGAGUCCCAUGGCCUUCCUCUAAAGAUCCAUGUAAGCCCUAGCACUAAGGCAAUUCUGGACACUUUUGAUACGUUUGAAUUGGAGCUAAGAGGCGAAAUUGAGAUAAAGGGGAAAGGAAAAGUAAUUACUUACUGGUUACUUGGUGAAAAACAAAGUCUACCAGUGGUGGCAAAUGGCAACAGGGGUCAGAUGCCUACUGUUGUAACUGAUUCCAGCAUGAACUGUGCACUUGCAGUUAGUGCCGAAGAAACUGGCUUAGUAUCAAUAAGAGGAGGUGCAGGAAAUACAAAGAGGAGUGUUACAGAGGCCUGCAACAAUGUCUGUGUGCAAGAAGGAGAUAAGAAUAUAAGUGCUGUUUCAUCCAGGACUGAAACUAAAAAUGGCAAUAAAUUAUCAGCUGCACAGCAAUGUGAUAUUAAAAAGCCAAUUCCAAAGAAGUGAUUGUUUACUUAGCUUAAAAGGUGCUAAUCAAGUGGAAGGACCAACCUUACAGAAGACCUCAUUCGUGUGCUACAGUAUAGUACAAGUACAUAUGUAAUUAUUAGUUCUCUGGAAAUGCAAAUGAACUACAUGAUGCAAAAAAAAAAAAAAUACUCAUCUUUAUCAUUAGGCACCAUUCUUUCUUUGCAUAAACACACAUUUACUUUCACAAUAAAUCACAAUAAAGUGCUUCUAGUACUUGCUUUCCCUUAACUUUGUAGCAGUUCAGUACAAGCACCAAAGACUAAAAGGAGGAGAGGGAUGGUGGGGGUGGUGUGAGGGUGAUUGUUGACUAGUGGCCGAGGCUGAAACUCAUAGUUUGAUUCAGUUAAAUAUGUCUGAGAGAGAGAGAGAGAGAGAGAGAGAGAGAGAGAGAGAGAGAGAGAGAGGUGGGGGGGGGGGGGGGGGGGGUUCUUCUGAUGAAGGAUUUUGUCCCCAAAAGCUGGUAAUAUCCAACCUGAAUGUCUUCCACUCAACACCUCCUGUAUGUGGUGAAUAAGAAUCUAUUCUAAUUCAUAGUGUUACUGUUAUUCCAUUCUGGGUUUUCCAUUGUUUAUAUAUGUAGCAGAAUUGAUAUGCACUAAAUGUGACUUUCUUUUUUCAACCAGCAAUAGCUGGACAAAGAGAGCUGAUUUAUACAGAGCUCUUUGGAAUGGAGUGAAAACAAAAACAAGAUUUUCUUUUGUCUGUGUUUUAUUAGAUUUGGAAAUAUGAAGCAACAAAAAUUAGUUACUGAGGAAGGGGCUAAUGGUGGCAAAGUUGAUUCAAUUACUCUGUCUGCAAUCACUUUCAUGCAUACUAUUUUUCUUUACAAUAAAGUUUAAGUAUUGAGCAUAGUAGACAGAUAGAUUCAUGGCUUUUCAUGCAUUACUUGAGGUCAGGCACAAUGUUAUGCAAUUAUCUGCUUGUAAACAAUAUUUAUCCUGAAGGUUAUGAGGGGAAAAGAAAUAUUAACAGUCUUCUUCAGUUCCUUAGGUAUUCAGAGUGUAUCAGGGAACAUCACAAAUCUUUACUCAAACCAAAGAGUCUGCCUUGUAGCUUCGUUGGCAAGUCCACUAAGAAAUACCAGCAUGAAUUCCCAAUGCUGAUGAAAAUACACAAUAUUUUCUGGACAAGUAUAAAUCCUGUAAGGUAUUCACCCUUCCAAUAAGACAUUUGGAAAUAGAUCUUAAAAUUGAGAGAACUUUACAAGUAUGUUACUACACUGGAAAAUAGUAGCUCACCUGUUAAGUCUGGUAGUCUAGCAGUAACACUCAUGUCUGGAAACUGAGGGGUUGUGAGAUCAAAUCCCAGUUGGACCAAGGAUUUUUUUGUGUGUUUUUUAACCUAGCCUUCACCUCUCAGCGACAUCAGGAGUUGGCAGAAAUGGCACAUGGUUUGAAUUUCAUGUUAAACUGUAGGUCCCCUAUCCCCAUUUGGCUAACUGGGGUAGGUUGGACACACAAGUCACCAAACUGCUGUCCAAUUGAAAGACUUACACAGGGACACUGACACACUAAUAUUUAAACAAUGGCAAGUUCAGUUUGGAAUAUCAACAAUAUUAUGAAAAUGAUAUAUUGCUACUCACCAUAAAGAUGACAUGUUGAGUUGCAGACAUGUAAAACAAAAAGGCUGUUACACAUUGAAGGUUUGGCCAAAGCUUUCAUCAAAACAAACACACAAAAGUGUGGAGGAGAGCAAGUGACAAGUUUAAGCUUAGAGUGGAUUCACAAGGUGAGUUUGGAAAGGGCAGUUGACAAAAUGCUGACCACAAGAGGCAGAUCUGAGUAUGAGGCACAGUCCAACACACAAUGUUUAUCACAGCCUAUCACUUUGCUAAAGAGUAAGAAAACGUCACCUCAGUAUUACAAAGGAGGAAGAACAUGCCGUCAAAAUCUCAAGGCUCUUUCUUUACUUGUUCAAUGAGAACUAAAACAUGAAGGCACAAAAUACUUCCAAGUAAGAAAAUGAUGGACCAAAACUGACAAAACUAGAUGAGGACUGGUUCAUUUGAUUUUGUUGUGAGUUCUUUUAUUUUUUAAUUUUAAGUAAACAUUAGUAUAGAUAUUCAUAAUUAGUGCAGAUACUGUGUUAUUCUGCCUUGUUGACAUGUUAACUUUCUAAUGAAAACAAAACUAAAAUCAGUUAAGAUUGUACUUUAUAAAAUUUUCUUAGUGGCUAGUCAUAGUUAAGUCACUUCAAUGGCACUUUUUUUAUUAAAAUAGUAGGGAUCACCUGAAGAAGGGAUAUUUUUGACACGAGUUAUUUUUGUAGUGAAUAUCUCAAUUGUCAACCAACAAAACAUCAUCAUCCACUAGAAUGAUGUCACAGAAACCUAUCUCUUCCUGAAAUGUUACCUAUCAAUGUAUUAAACAACAGUGAGAAUCAGUGAAGAAACAUGAAAACAAAAAUAUGAAAUAUAAUUUGGUACUGAAUUGUGAUGCCUUAAGGAACUAUAUAUAAAGUGGGAAAAUAAAAGUUGUAGCAGAAAACUUCAUGUUGCAAAUUUGUUUUUAGUGGUUGCUGCUGUUCAAGUUUAUGUAUUUUUAUGUAAUUACAUAAUCUAUGACAUGGUAAAUGUGCCAAAAUUGUGUGCCCCUGUACCUAUUUGUUAUUUUAGGCUUACAACAGAAAUACAAAAUAAGUCCACUCAAAAAAUUUUGUGGUCAGCUGAAAGAGAGUAUGUGAAGGGGCCAAGAAUUCACAUGUGAUAGCAAACAAUAUUAAAACACUGUCAAACUCAAGAAUGUGAAGUGUAUGAAACAGAAUCACUUUUCACAUAAACAAAAAGUUUUUACAAUUAUCAAACUGUAUGUUUAUUAUUCCAAUGCUAUAAUGCAAUCUUGUUUUUUCUAUUUUUGGUUGUACAUCAUUAAACAAAGAAAUAUAUAGCUUCUUCAAUUCUGAGAAUAUAACUUAUCAAGUUACUCAUUGUUAAAAGCUAGUCCAGUGUGUUAAUUAUAUGUAAUUAGUCAUGAAAGGAGAAAGAAUGGUGAUCUAAAUGAUGUAAAUAACUUGUGUAUAUAAAUUUGUUGUUAGUUUAUAUAUGUGGCCUACAUUAUGUUACAAAGUUUUAAAUUUAGAUAUUGUUGCUGUUUUUAAGAGCAUGCUUGUAAUAAUAAAUCAGCUUGUUACACUUCAGAAACCCAACGCAUCUGCUAUUUAGUGAAACAAGCUCUGUAUAGAUGUACAAAUCUGUAAUUAUUGACGGUGGAAACAUGCUCUGACACACUUUAAACUGAAAAGAGCUGUACCUAAAUAUGUCUUUCUUACCACUUGAUAUAUAUGUAAAUUAAUUAGAUUAGUACAUGAAAGUAGAUUAAUGUACAUAUCAAAUAACAAUCUUCUAAGAAAAUGCUAUUGAAAAAGAAUGUAAGAAAUAUUUUACUGAACAAAGUAUUCAUGCAAAUAAUAUUGUACCAAAGUUAUCUGAGAUAUAGUUUAUAACAAGGUAAUAAAUUAUUAAAUGUUAUUUCACUGUGAAAUAAAUAUUGUACUCUUUAACAAUGCUACCAUCAAAUAUCUUGUUACAGACUUUACAUUUUGCAAUAAAAGACAAAUUUUAAACAA